UACGUAUGGUCGUGGGCAAAAAUUCUCAUAGUCGUUGACUCUGAAGGCUAGUUCAAAGUUUUCCUCAUGCGAUUUAUAAAAGUUUAUAGUAUGCUCUCAGUGCCAUAACAACGCCCGGCGAGGCGGGCGCGUAUUUAUUAUACUCACCGAUUUAUUUACUUAUAUUUUAACAGAGUUUAUUGUGUCAAAUGUCAAAAUGUUUAGAUACACAAUAUUAACAGUUCUCCUUGUAACAAAUCACAUAACGGCCCAACUUUACGAAGAGACAGUGGGUCGGGAUCAACACGGAAUCCGGAGAAAUAAUCAAAAUAAAAUUAACUUGGACCCAACGAACCGUUCAAAAGCUAAACGCGAAAGCUUGGAUGACGUAGUCAAAUGGGUCAAUGAAGUUGUAAAAGCGGAUUCGAUUGGAGAAUCCUCCGCAAAGCCAAACAAGAAACUCAAUUUGGAUCCAUCAAAUAUCAAUAUACAAGACACAUCGUACAGUAAACCUGCCGAAGCUUCUAAUAAGUUUAAUGAUGAAGUCAGUUUGACUCCUUCCAUGAAAAAUAACUGCACGACAGAGGAAGGCGUUUCCGGUGUUUGUGUUUUGUACUAUCUGUGUGACGCGAACACGCGUUCCGUUAUUACAGACGGCUCGUCCAUUCUGGAUGAACGUUUUGGUUCACCGAAGUCUUGCAAUUCUUAUUUGGAGGUGUGCUGCGAGCUAAAAGACCGCAUCGCUGUUAAAGUGAUAAGUACACAAAAUGAACAGUUCCAUUCGUCGUCAAGCCCUCCUGGAUUUAGUGCUGUCUCCGACGAGGUCCAACAUUCCGCCCCACCAAAAAAAUUUGCGCGGAAUGAGGAGUGUGGCUGGAACCGGCCGGACCUUUUCGUGUUCCGGACCGCCAGUCAGCAAGUCGCGGACGGGGUGAUUUUCUCGAACUACGGGGAAUUCCCGUGGAUGGUGGCGCUAUUGAAGAAAUCGAAUACUAAUGUUUGGGUCCAGAACGACUACAUCGGAGGCGGAUCCAUCAUCCACCCGUCGGUGGUGAUAACGGUCAACCACAAGCUGCUGCAAGUCACACCCGAGGAGCUGAAGUGCCGCGCCGGGGAGUGGGACACUCAAACGGUCAACGAGCAGUUCCAAGUCCAGGAGAGGGAUGCCGAUCGCUUCGUCUCCCACGAGGAGUUCUUUAUAACUUCGGCAUACAACGACAUCGCGCUCAUAUUCCUUAAGGCGCCGUUCGACUUCGCCGCGGCCCCUCACAUAGGUACCGCAUGCCUGCUCAAUAUGAUGCCGGACACCAGCGCAGGCCCGUGUUUCAGUAUGGGCUGGGGCAAAGUCGCCAAGACUGAGGCAACCAUCAAUAUUCUGAAGAAGAUCAAGUUGGGUCUGGUGGAACACGAGGCAUGUCGCAACAUGCUGCAAACCAACACCAGGUUCCGGCACAUACCUCAUUUCGAACUGCACAAAUCCCUGACAUGCGCUGGCGGUGAGGAGUUCAUUGACACAUGCCAAAAAGACGGUGGAUCGCCCCUCGUGUGUCCAAUAGGGAACCGAGACGGCCAGAUUCGGUACGGUGUGGUCGGGAUGGUCGCUUACGGGCUGGAGUGCGGAAAGCCGAACGUGCCGGGCGUGUAUGCGAACAUACCGUACCUGUACGAGUGGGUGGGAAAGAAGAUGAAGGAGGCGGGCUACGAGAACUGUUCAUAUUGUUACUGAAUAAAGACCAAUGAAAAUACA